CCGGGAGCUCCGGGGCCGGUGCGACGCUGCGGGGCCGCCGCCGCCGCCCAUGGAGCCCAACGGGACGGCGGCGGCGGGGGGCAACGCCUCGGCGGCGGCGGCGGGCAGCGGCGGUGCCCCCGGGGGCGGCCCCCUGCUCAUCCCCUCGGCCUUCGGGACGGUGCUGUCGGUGAUGUACGUGGCCGGGGUGGCGGGCAACGUCUACACGCUGGUGGUGAUGUGCCACUCGGCGCGCUGCGCCGCCCCCAUGUACAGCUCCAUCGUCAGCCUGGCCCUGGCCGACCUGCUCUACCUCUCCACCAUCCCCUUCAUCGUCUGCACCUACCUGGCCCAGGACUGGUACUUCGGGGACCUGGGGUGCCGCAUCCUGCUCAGCCUGGACCUGCUCACCAUGCACGCCAGCAUCUUCACCCUCACCCUCAUGUGCACCGAGCGCUACCUGGCCGUCACCCGGCCCCUGGACACCCUGAAGCGGUCGCGCGGCUACCGGAAGGUCACGGCGGGGGCCGUCUGGUCGGUCUCGCUGCUCCUUACUCUGCCCAUGAUGCUGAUGGUCACCCUGACCGAGGGCGGCAAGGCAGAGGGCAAGGUGAAGAGGAUGUGUGCGCCCACCUGGAGCGUGGACGCCUACCGGACCUACCUGACGGUGCUCUUCAGCACUAGCAUCAUGGCCCCAGGAAUCAUCAUUGGCUUCCUCUACACGCGCCUGGCCAGGACCUACCUGGAGUCCCAGAGGAAUCCCCCCCACAAGGAGAAGAGCAAGAGAUCCCCCCGGCAGAAGGUCCUCAUCAUGAUUUUCAGCAUCGUGCUGGUUUUCUGGGCCUGCUUCCUGCCGUUUUGGAUCUGGCAGUUGGUGCGACUCUACAGCAGCUCCCUGCAGCUCACCACCCAAACCCAAAAGUGCAUUAACUACCUGGUGACCUGCCUGACCUACAGCAACAGCUGCAUCAACCCCUUCCUCUACACCCUGCUCACCAAAAACUACCGGGAAUACCUGCGCAACAGGCACCGCAACUUUUACAGGUUCACAUCCUCCUUUCGCAAGAGGGGCUCCAACCUGCAGUGCUCCUGGGGACGGUCCAUGUCCUCCAGCAACCAGUACGACUACAGCUCGGAGGCCCUGGGCAUGGCCACGCUGAAGGACAAGUGAGGAAGAGGAGGCCCUCCGGAGACACCAGGACCAGCAGAGCGUCUGGCCAAGGUAGCGAUGCCCAGGGACUGCUGAAACAGAGGGGAGUUGCUUAAGGAACAGUCGCUUCCACUUUCUUACGGCAUACCCCAACGCGCAUCCACUUGAGAGGAGUCCCGAUCCAGCCCGGCAGCGUUACUGGGUUCCUGUGUCCUUGGGUGAUCCUCUCGUGUCACAUGCCAGACUUUAGGGUAUGUUUGUGCUAAAGCAGAGACGCCGCAGCCAAGGAUUGGGAGCAGAGAAUAGAGACAGCGACAUGCUGGAUUUUAUGCACUCGACUAACAGCAGAAAAAUAAAACCGUCGGGGCACGUGUUGGAUGAAGACCAGGGAAGCACGUUCCUGUGCCGGGAGUCAGGCGUUCUUACAGAUGCGGUUGUUGGGGUGCUUUUCAGGGAGGGGGAAAGAAGUAACUCACCUUAGAAUCGCUUGUAUUGCUUUUCACCACUGUCUUCGAAACACCAGGGACCACUUUGUCAUGCUCCAGUGCUGCGUAGCCUACGGCGCUGGGCAGUAUAAAUAGACCCGAUGGUGCCCGAUUCCUCAUGAAACAGGGGGACUAACACACAGUCCAUGUCGGGAACUGGCAGGGAAUUGGCUUCAACAGUUUUUAGGAACAACUCUUCAGGAACUAACUCAUUUUUUUAGUUAUUCACUCUGAAGUCAUUGUUACUUUUCCUUUGCUUCCCAUUUCCGAGGCUGGAAGUCGCUCCCGUAGGAGAAUAGCAAAGAUAAGACGUAACCAAGAGGCAGUGUGGGAAGGCUGGAGGACGUGCGUCAUCUGCGAGGUGUACUGUGCCGUCCUGCUCUCGGGGAGCAUAACGGUGCAGCCGGACAGACAUCCCUGCAGAGCCCAGCAUGGCUGCAUCCCAUCCAGGUGUUGCACGCGCCAUUUGCCCACUUCCGUGAAAAAAAAAAUAAAAAAAAAAGUAUUUCCCUAGGGCUAUAGAAAGAAAAACCCACCCUAAUUUGGGUCCUGACCUGACACCGUACUGAUGUGUCUCGAUUUCCGUUGCUUGGCCUGAGAAGAAGGCUGUUGGAAGGCCACUCACCCACCACCGUGUUACCAGGCUGCUACAGGACGGAUCAUUACCGUGCAUGAAAUAGUUGCAAGGCUUAGUGUAUACGUGUUAACGGGGGUGUAAGGGGAAGCUGAUGAUGCAAGAGCUGUACAGGUAUCAAAAGCAAUAUUAGGGAAUACACUUUCUGCUUUAAAACCCCCACAGUUAAACAUCUAAAGGCAAACAGUCUAAAAGCAUAGUUGUUAAUAAGAAGGGGAAGCUGAGGAGUCGUGCCCAGAAAAAAAUGGGAUGAAAAUGCAGAGCAGAUGAGAUCUACGCUUGUAACAUAAUGUGGGGCUAAGCAAACAGAAGGGUUUGAUUUGGGGGACACUUGCAGGGCGUCCCAUCAGUCCCCAGAAGGAAUUCUGCUACUGUGCUCAGCGUCACGAACGGCGCGUAGGGGACGUGGUUUCUGUGCCGCAUCGGCAGUGCGUUAACCAUCAAAGGGUUGAUGGAAGAGAGUCCAGAUGAAAUGCAAAAUAUUGGAUUUUUGUCACUCAUCAGGUUUUUCAACCAGUCUGUGCUUCAGCCCAGUCCCAUCCCAGCGCUGCUCCUGUCUCCCAACGGGCUCUGAUAAACCCGUACGAGAUUAUUUUAACGAGAGAACCAGUAAAUUUGAUGACUCCCACAAAGCACGUCCUUGGGGCAGAGGAGAGCCUGCUUAACACGCAGAACUGGCCAGCAAUCAGGAGACGCUGCCGCGCGUGAUGAAUGACGGCUCUCCAGCGGCGCGGGAAGCACGACACGGUGCAGACCUUCACAAACACGACUCCUCGGGAGCCUCUCGUACUCCUGGGGAUCGGAGCGCCGUUUAAAAGAUGAAUUACAUAAACAACAUCCCUCUUAUUGUCCCAUCCGACCGGUUAAACUGCCAAAAGUCAGGAGGUUUGACCCACUUCAUAAAUAUCCCGCAAGAGCAGAUGUUUUAACUGAGUUCCUCUUGUCUGUAGUUGGGCAAGCGUUGACUCUCCCGUUUUGGAAACGAGGAGACGGUCUUCGUGUAUCUUCCUUUAACAACAAACCCAAAUGAAUCUGGGAGGCCGCGUUGGAAGGGGGUUGCUGCAGGGUCCUGUCCGGGGCUGACUCGACCUUUACAUUUCCCAUAAGGGGUGGCUUUGCCUGCGGCUGCCCCAGAGGAUUUCGGCGAGGAUGGUGGUUUGGGUUUGGUGGGAUCUGAGUAUUCGUAAGCACAUCUCCCUGCGCGCAGGCCACGCAACACUGCGGUAAAGCAGCUCGGGCUAUUUGCUGCGUGAGGGAGAGGUAUUACCUGUCCUCAGCGCUAAAACAGAUGAGUCAGGACUCCCAAAAUCCUGAGAUGAAACCCACACCUUCUCUCCACAACCGCAGAGGCUGUGAAAGCGUAUGAAAACUGAGACAGACGCAUAACCAGAACCCAGAUGCAAACUCUGUGUAUCUUACCACUGCGGGUAAAUCCGAAGCAUCUCGGGCCAGGGCUGAAGUAACAACAGGAAAGUCAGUCGGGCUGUAACUGAGCAAAAUCUGGUGAUUUCCUUGAAAACAAUUUUACUUUGGCUAUUCUCCUACAUUCCAAGGUGGCAAGCAGUGUGUGCCCUGGGAUCAUUUAUCAUACCCAAGUCAUUGUAAUCCUGUGGCAUUUAAUGUGGGGGUUUUUUAUUAGAAAUGAAAUUUUGCUGCAGGUUUAGUGACACAGCUAG